CAAAACCUGGUGUGUAGUCACACGCAUGCUGAUUGCGGCAAAAGGUGUUUCAUACUUGGUUGAACACGUGUGCCAAAUGUAAUCGCGGCGACCUGGUUGAAAACCAUGGGCAGAUUUUGGAACGAGCUGUUAAUGGUGCUGAUGCUGGCGGAUAUUUUGUUCAUGGCGUUGGCGCGCAAAGAAGGCAAAGUGCGGAGGCGCAAAGUGGAGGGUCAGCAGGACACGCAGCCGCAGCGCAACUCAACUUCUUUUCAGAUUCCUCUCGACCCCAUACUGACCGGAGACCACACAACCGGAGCCGGAGAACACGAGGUGGACUUCGACAAAGCCAUAGAUGACAUGGUGUCGCAGGUGAGGAACAACCCGGCGCUGUCCAAAAGCAGGUGCGUGGUGGACCGCCACCUGUGGAUGUCCAACAGCCGGAGCCUCUCUCCAUGGUCGUACAGGAUCAAUCACGACGAGAAUCGCAGGCCUGUUGACAUACCAGAGGCCAAGUGUGCAUGUGCAGGGUGUAUUAACCCCUUCACCAUGCAGGAGGACCGCUCAAUGACCAGUGUGCUUAUCUACGCCAAGAUCCCGGUGAGGCGAUUGCAGUGUCCCCGCAAGAAGAAGAAGAAGUGUGUGCCGCGGUACCGCACCGUGGUGGAGAGCAUUGCCGUGGGCUGUACGUGUAUAGCAGGCUGAACAUCAAACUAAUCUUUACGAACUCUCAUUCUGAUCACGUGUUUUUAUUAUUACUACUGCUCAUGUACAUCUUCAGUGUCAGGUUGCUGAACCAAAACAUAAACACAAACACAGUGUGUACUAAUGCACCGGAGCAACUAUUUGUCCAUUUUGUCACAGUUGAGUAUUGUUGUUGUUGUUUUUCUUUCUGUCAGUUAUAAUAGCCUUUUUAUUAGCCAUCUAAUCAUUUAGCUCCUACUUGUUACUCUUUAUGCAGAUAUGUUAUGCAGCCAAGUUUUUCAGACAAUUUCUGUUUCUCUGUUUCAUUCCCUAAGCAGUGAGGCAACAUAAGAGCUUCUCCUUUUUCUAUUUGUUAUUCUUUAAGCCACAAGGCCAAAUACAGCUGUAUUGUAUUUACAUCUACAGAAUAUGUCAGACGCCCUUAUCCAGAGCAACUUGCAUUUAUCUCAUUCAGCUGAGGGUUGAGGGCCUGGCUUGAGGGCCCAGCAGUGGCUGCUUGGCAGUACUGGGAUUUUCAUGAUCGUCUGAUCAUUAGUUCAAAGUCUUAACCACUGAGCUAUCAAUCUUUCCUGAGAUUUCCAUAGUCACGGUUACACCUUGCUGCUUUUUUUUUAUUAUCCUGUUGCUGAAACAUAUGUUCCAGGGUUGAAUCUUACACAUUAUGUAUUUUAAAUGCCUCAUGAGCUCAGGUCUAAUAUUUUGUUCCACUGUAAAAUAUAAUGCAUGCAUUUAUUACUGACACAGUAUGUAAGGUUAGUUGUGCUAAAAGCAUAAUAAAUAAACUACUCAAAUACAUUAAGAAAUAAAAUUCUUUAAACAAAA